UGCCUUAUGUGCAUCACAUCUGACGUCAUUACCAAGCGACAGUAAGAUGUGCGCGUCCUUCGAGUCUCUCAUUGAAUCGGCAGCUUGGUUUUUUCUAUUUUAAUGGAAUAACAAGAAGAGAAAGAAGCGGUUAACCGGACAAAAGACGACUCUGACCCAGCAGGGAUGGCGGCUCCAAACGCAUCAGAGAGGAAGGCCUGCUGGGACGCCAAGGACCGGCUGUGGAAAUGUCUGGAUGAUAACGAUGGCAAAGCUGCCUCCUGCCAGAGUUUGCAGAGCGAGUUUGAAGCAAAAUGUCCCGCUCAGUGGGUUAAAUAUUUCACCAGGAGGAGAGAGUUUUUGAAAUACAAGGAGAAUUUGGAGAGCCAAGGCUUCACACCGGCUGAGGGCCCACGGCAGCCUUCCUAAUCACUGCUGGCACACAGGACUGUUGAAAGAGCCUCUUUUCAGUCAGGUGACUGAGGAUUUGACAUUUUCUCGUUUUGCUGCACCUCUGGUUGCCCAGCUUUGUCCUAUUCCCAAAGACAUGCAUGUUAGGUGAAUUGGGCACUUUAAAUUGACUGUUGGUGUAUAGGAGCACAUGAAUGCAUUUUUUCAGCCCUGUGACCAGCAGCAUGUCCAGGGUGUACCCUGCCUCUCACCCAACGACCGCUGGGAUGGGCUCCAGCUCCCUCUGACCCCAGUACAACUGCACACAUCCAGAUUAAAUGAUCCUUCUUGAGCUGCAUCUUUAUUUGUACAGAGAUUAAAGCUGUACUAGGAAGUGGUCUCUCUGACAUCAUAAACAGUUAUGUGAAUUUUUUUUUAGUCCAAAUCCUGUAAUCUGAAGUCUGGUCACAUUAAUCUGCCAGCCUGAUUGCUUUGCCUGUUACUUGAAAAUGAGCCCCGAGAAUAGUUAAAAGUCUACCUGGCGGCUGAUUGCACAUGCUCGCAGCACUGAUCGAUCAACUUUAUCGUUUCAUAUAUUUUUGUAAAAUAUUGCUGAGACAAUAAGGUAAAAAUUCAAGGUGUAAUUGCUGUUUCCUGUAAAUAAACUUAAAAAAUUGGAAUGUUUUGUCAUUACAGGCAGAGUUGGAAGUUAAACACCACAGGAAAUUUUUGCAUCUUACAGUUCAUAUUUAAACAUGCAGACAUUUUAGAUUACAAAUCUGUAUAUAAAAUGCAUGUGGCCUCGAGUCAAAGGUCACUGCUGCAACACCACACGCGAAUAAAUUACACAAAAAUAGGUGAUUUUUGUUCUACCACAUGAAAUUUCUGCAAGAAUAUAGCACACCUCUGGCACUUUUUUCGUUUUGCAUAGUACAGAGUAUUUUAUGGCAGUUCUUCCACCACUGAUUAACAGUUUGAUUUGACAGUUGAUUGAACAAAGUACAGUACAUUCCUUUACGCACUCAAUCUCCCUUAAAUGUCGUGGCUCACUGUUCUGUUGCACUGCAGCCUUGCAAGCUGGUGUAGUUUGUGCACAUCAACCCUGGUAAACAAAAAUCAAACACUUC